AUGGCAACAGAGGAUGAGCCUUCAUAUAUUGACUACGAGGCCUUUCUAGAUCCAGACUUCUCAGCGACCGCAUUUGCGAAUACGCUGGUUCUCGCGACGAACAACGCCUCGGAUACCCCGUUGGACCUAUCCACCCCACUUUCCCGCGUUCUGUUCGAUGUACAGGAAGUGGACACGCAUAUUGACACUCUGACGACCAAAUCUGCACUCCCCCUGCUGGAACACACGAGAGACGAUGCCGAGUCAAGCGGACGCAUACUGCAGGAGGUGGAAGGACAGGUUGCCAGUUUGACGGAAUCGUACAAAACGCUGGAGAAGGAGGUGAUUGAGCGGUAUGAGGUGGCUGAGCAAGUCCGAUUGACAGCGGAGAGACUAUGCGAGACAGUCAAGUUGGGCAGAGCCGUCGCGCGUUGUCUAAUGCUGGGACGACAACUCGAGGUGCGCAUGUCUGAACUGGGCGGUGUCGGCAGCGCCAGGAAAGAGGACCACCGAGCCAUGGUCCGGUCUGCGGACACGAUACUGUCGCUCAAGCACUUGCUUGCUGCCUCUCGGGCGGGCGAGGAAGGAGAAGGUCUCGCUCGCGUGAACCUGGUCACCACGCUGAAGAACGACUUGGUGGUGCCUGGCGAACGCAGCCUAUCGUCACGGGCGCAGCAGGUUGUCAAGGAGUUCUCCAUGUCCUCGCUGCUCUCCUCCGCAGGCCAGACGUCGGCCGCCACCUUUUCUCAGACCGAAGAGACAAAGGCGAGGACGACGUCUGCGCUCCUUACCCUGUACCUGCUCUCCCCGACCUCUACAAAAGCUUCGGUGCACGUGUUUGAACCCACCUUGCUACUCAACGCAGUACAAGACUACCUACAGACGCAGCUCAAAUCCUCGCUCGCCUCGCUUGCCCGCGCACUCGCACAGCUCCCCUCGCUCGAACGCACAUUGCUCGAAAUCUCGGCGCGCUGCCAAAACAUUGUAGCACUCCAGUCUCUCCUCGAGUCCAUCAAGCCACCACCCCACCCUGUCCUCGACUCGGCCCGCCACGCGCACACGGAAAUCCCAGUUCAUUUCCUGCAGCCGGUCCUGCAUGAUCUCGAUAGCUCGUCCCUUCCCAGCUUCUUCUGGCGCUCGCUGGCCUCGAAUAUGUCGCCGCGGGUGCAAGAGCUCAUGAAUCGGGGAGGGGUGUCGGCAAGGACGCUGAGGAGUAACAAGGAUAGGGUGCGCGACAUGGUCAAGGAGUGCGUGAAUCGGGGAAGUCAGUUGCCGGGGGCGCUGUCGAGCAAGGGGGUGGCGGUGACUUGGGAGAGGGAGGCGGCGGUGAUGGUGGGGAGUAUAAUGGGUCAGAUCAAGUGA